AACUAAAUAGUGUCUGCAAUACUAAAUAUAUAUAUAUACAAAAUCCUUGUAUUUCGAUGGCUUUCUUAUUAUUUUGUGUUCAACAAAUAGAAAGAGAAUAUAAAGAAAAGACGUUGUUUUAGGUGAACUAUCACUUUAGCAUUUAGCAUGGCUAAAAUGUAAACUGAGGGUUGUAAUAGUUGACCAAGCCGCUAGAGGUCAGUGUGUCUCUCCGGUAAAGCUGACACAAUCUUCCGGGACUCAAACUUCUGCAGGCUCAGUUUUACUCUGCUGAAGGCGCGGUGUUUGUGUUUUCCUCGUGAACUUUGGUCCUGGAUCAUCAUGUCUUCGGUUGAGAUCUCCGAGGGCUCGGUUCUGCUGGAGAUCUGCGGAGAUCAGCCGCUGUUUUACCGACAGGCGGUUCCGUCGAGCGGCAGCGGCGGGCUCUGCGUGCUGCUGCUGCACGGGAUCCGCUUCUCCUCCAAGAACUGGCAGAAAAUCGGGACUCUAGAGACUCUGGCCGCCGCCGGUUACCGAGCUUUGGCCAUAGACCUGCCAGGUCUGGGUCAGUCGAAGGCCGCCGUGGCUCCAGCUGCAGUGGGUGAACUGGCUCCAGCUGUGUUCCUCAGGCAGGUGUGUGAGGGCCUGCAGACGGGCCCCGUGGUGAUCAUCAGCCCGUCUCUCAGCGGCAUGUACUCACUGCCGUUCCUCUUCCAGCACUCAGAGCUGCUCAAAGCCUACAUCCCUGUUGCUCCCAUCUGCACUGAGAAGUUCACCGCCGAGCAGUACGGCAGCAUACAGACUCCGGCUCUUAUAGUUUACGGAGAUCAGGACACUCAGCUUGGGGAAGUGUCGCUAAACAACCUGAGCCAGCUGCCCAAUCACAGAGUGGUGGUAAUGAAGGGGGCGGGGCAUCCUUGUUACCUUGAUGAUCCGGAGACCUGGCAUAAGGCAGUUCUGGAUUUCCUACAGCAGCUGAGAUAAAAGAGUAUCACACACUAAAAAAACCUCUAACAGAGUAAACACUACUUACUCAAAGGCGUUAAUCACACAUCUCAUUAAUAUGAAGUACAGUCAAUCCCAAAACUGAUUACAUCAGAAACACUAGAUUUUUUUAAAUAUGCAAUCUGGCCUAAUCAUGUUUUUGCAAUGUGGACUGAUGGCACUUGUGUUGAUUUGUGUUUUGAAGACUUGAAACUGUCAAUGAGGGAUUAAUAUGGGAUGAGAGUUGAUUUUACACAUCAGGAACUGUAAACUGGGCGUUUUGUACCAGAAUGAAGCUCUGAAACACUACAAUUUGUUGGAAUAUUUAUCGUAUUUUGGUAGCACUUUACAAUAAGGCUGUAUUAGUUCAUGCUUUUACUACGAAUGAUGAACAAUACAUGUAUUACAGUAUUUAUUCAUCUUUGUUAAUGCUAAUACAGUUGCUCAUUGUUAGUUUUUGUUAACUCACAGUGAAUUCAUUUGGAUUUUAGUAAUGCAUCAAUAAAUGUUGAACUAUUAUUAAUAAUUCGUCACCUUGAGUUAUAAGGUUCUAUCUGUGUUCUGAAUGGUUUUGAGAUAUUGAGCUUCGAAAUUUUUGCAUUCCAUAGCAAACAUUAUGUGUGUAACAUUUGUUUUUUAAAUGAAGUCUUAAAAUGUAAACAACUUAUAAAAAGACAUCCCAUAAUGUAAGUAAGUUGUCAUUUAAUAAGAAUAUGUCAAUAAUUCAAUCAAUAAUUCAAUUUUGACCAAAAUGCCAGAUAGAACCUUAUCAUUUUAAGGUGAAGCGAAUUGCUGUACAAGUAUUGUUCAUUAUUAGUUUGUGUUAAUAAAUAGAUUAACUAACAUGGACUAAUGUGAUCUUAUUGUAAAGUGUGACUAAUAUUUUUUUUUUAUAAUUACACAUAACAAACCAAUUGAUGAUUUUGUGAUAAUCGUUAUGCUUUGGUUUAUGAAUUGUAAUUUUUCACUUAUGGUGAUUUUUCUCAAAAGAAAAAACGAUAUGUUAAAAAACAUUAUUAAACAUUAUAGAAUAAAGAGAUAGUUCACUCGAAAAAUGUAACCUUUCAUCAUUUACUCCCCUUUGCUUGUUCAAAAACCUAUUUGAGUUUCUUUUUUUCAGUUGGUCACCAAAGGAGAUAUUUAGAAAAAUGCUGGUUGCUGGCAUCCAUUGACCUUCAAUCAAUUUUUUCCUACUAUGGAAGUCAGUAGGUGCCAGCGUUUUUCAAAAUAUCUUCUUUUGUACACUCAUAAAGGUUUAAAAACACAAGUAUGAGAGUAAAUGAAAAUGUCAAUUUUUGGGUGUACUAUACUGUAUAACUGUCACGUUAUUAGUGACAACUGUGGUCAAAAUGUGAACUGCAGUCAACAACCUGUUUUAAGAGACCAACUUGUUAUAUGAGACCAAAUGCUUCAAAUUAUCUUUAAUAACUAGAACUUAUUAUAGUUUGAUUAUAAUCAUAUCAAUGUACAACAAAUAAACCCAUAUUUCUUAAAAAG